AUGGAGCUGAUAACAUUCCUUCUCCGAGUGGCCGCCUUCACUCUCUUCGCCGCCCUCCCAACCGUUCACGCUACUUACUAUGACAUCCCCUGGAACCAGACAGCCGGUGAAACCUUCAACGUCACAAUCAAACAGAAUGUUGAUCCAAACUCUGAAAAUGGAAGAAUAUCCGACUCCUAUCGCGUCUAUCUCGCCUUGACACCGCCCGGAUGGGGCACAGGACCUGAUUGCUGGCUCCAGUGGCUAGUUCCCCUAGAUGAAACACAAGUCAACAUCACCAUUCCUCCCGAUGCGGCUCCAGACGGCGCACGCAUCACGCUUUCAACAUGUCUCACCAGCGCAAAGAAAGGCGGCAAGAGAAUCACGGGAUGGGAUUACAGCGGAAGGACCAUGAUUUCAGGGUUAAACGCAACUUGGAGCCAGGCAGAGUUGGACGGACGGACUAUGGGCGACCAGGAUGAGGUUUCCUGCGAGGCUUAUGGUUGCGUCAGGAGUUGUUAUGAUCAGUACUACAAGGGGGAUAGUGAUGAUGAAGAGUACAGUCGAAAAUCAGUUUAUCAGGAGUAG